AAACAGAGGCACCUCAUUCUGCACAGUCCCCCCUCCGUCCUAUUUGGCUAAGGCAGAGUAGUGACACACACUCGGAAUGCCCUCCCCAUAUUUGUUCGACAGCUCUAAAAAUAGUCCCUCAGACCAGUUUGGCCGUAUCAAGUUCCAGCUGACAUCUACAACUGAUUCAGGCAGGGGGGAUUUGUCAGAAACUGGGAAAAAUCGAGGAGUUCUCUCAUCGUGGAUCCCACUUCAUUAGACCUGAUGGAGGAAACUUUGAUGGAGGAACCUAUCUGUGAAGAAGCCAUAUUGGCUGAAGAAAUCCUAGAGGUGAAGCCCGCAGCAGUGGUGAAUAAGAAUGGUGUGAAAGCGGAGGCUGCUGCAGCUAGUGGGGGUGGUGGUGCUGCUAGUGUGGGUAGUGGUGGUGCUGGUGGUGGUUUUAGCGGCACUAAGAUCUUCACCUGGUUCAUGGUUCUGGCUCUCCUGGGGGUGUGGAGCUCCGUGGCUGUGGUGUGGUUGGACCUGGUGGACUAUGACAACGUCAUCGCGAGAGCAAAGGAAUUCCGUUUUAACUUUUCAGAGGUUUUACAAGGUAAACUUUCAGCGUAUGAUGCAGAUGGCGACGGUGACUUCGAUGUGGAGGAUGCCAAAGUACUACUCGGCUUGACCAAAGAGGGCGGUGAAAUUACUAAUGAAAACGCAGAUUCCCUAGAGGAAAUCUUCGGUAUUUUAGCCGAGGGGGGCUCUGAUUGGUUUCAAGGCUUCUUCACGUUUCUCUAUGACGUGAUCACUCCUCCCGUAGAGAAGGUGGAGGAUCCAGAGAGUCAGACAGCAGAGGAGGAGGGUGAUGCUGACGAAAAAGAGGCCAAAGUUCCUGCUCCCAAAAAGGAAACGCUGAAAAAAGAUGAGAGUCCUGGAGAGGUGGCUUCUAAAAAGAACAGAACAAAAGGUGUGAAGGAGAGGCCGGUUUCUCUGGUGCAGAGGGAAGCCAAGGCGGAAUCUGCUAUGGAAGAACCAGCUGCUGUCCCACUCCCGCCGAUAUCAGAUGAUUUUGUCCCAGAUGACAGUAGAGAUGAAGCAACACAUCCUUAUGAGGAUGAAAGCGAUGCCAUUGACAUGAAAGGAGAAUUGGUUAAGGAGGCACAGCCACAGCAGACAAUAGAAGAGUCAAAGCAAUACAAUGACCAGCCAGGCUUCCAGGAGACACAGGAAGCAGUACGAUUACAAUUGCAAUACAAUGCAGAGGAUGAAUCAGUCCCAGAACCGGAGGCUGACGUGGAACCAGAGUUGGAAUCUGUUCCGGAACUGGAAGCUGAAGCUGUCCCAGAACUGAAAGAGGAGCCAGUGGCGGUAGAGGAGAAAACACCACAGGAAGAGUCAGAAGGAAAUGCAGAGGACCAACCCGAGGAUAUGCUCACAUACAAAGCCAAAAUGAAGAAGCCUAAACUCCUGAAUACAUUUGAGAAAACUAUCAAGACGGAGAUUGACGCGGCUGAGAAGUUACGUAAAAAGGGGAAAGUGGAGGAGGCGGUCCGGGCUUUUGACACUCUAGUUCAGCAGUACCCCCAGAGUCCAAGGUGUCGCUAUGGGAAAGCCCUGGCUGAGGAUGACCUGGCAGAGAAAAUGCGCAGCAACGACAUGCUGCAGAAGGCCCUCAGCACGUACAAGGAGGCAUCAGAGCUGCCCAACGCCACGCCUGACCUCAUCAAAGCCACACUGAAGAAACGAGCCGAGCGUCAGCAGUUCCUAGGUCGUAUGAGGGGUGCCUUGGCCACGUUGGAGAAGCUGGUACAGAUCUUCCCUGGGGACGUGGCCCUGAAGAACGAUCUGGGCGUGGCUCACCUGCUCAUCGGAGACAACAAGAGUGCCAAGAGGGUCUACGAGGAGGUGUUGACCAUUGCACCAAGUGACGGCUUUGCUAAAGUCCAUUAUGGCUUCAUCCUCAAAUCAGAAAAUAAGAUAGCCGAGAGCAUCCCAUUCCUCAGGGAUGGUUUGGAAUCAGGAGACCCUGGCACAGACGACGGCAGAUUUUACUUCCACCUCGGAGACGCCUUGCAAAGAAUGGGAGACGACAGUGCCUACAAGUGGUAUGAGAUAGGGCACAAAAGAGGUCACUUUGCCUCCGUAUGGCAGCGAUCUCUCUACAAUGUGGACGGUCUCAAAGCCCAACCGUGGUGGACGCCCAAGGACACUGGCUAUUUGGAUCUAGUCAAGACCCUGGAGAGAAACUGGAGGACCAUCAGGGACGAGGCCCUGUCAGUGAUGGAUAAAACCACCGGCCUCUUUGUUCCAGAGGAGGAGAACCUCAGAGAAAAAGGGGAGUGGGGUCAGUUCACCCUCUGGCAGCAAGGCAAGAAGGCAGGGGAGUCCUGCCGCAGUGUUCCAAAGACCUGUGGCCUGUUGGAGCGCUAUCCAGAGGCUACGGGCUGCAAGAGAGGACAGAUCAAGUUCUCUGUGAUGCAGCCUGGUACUCACGUCUGGCCCCACACGGGGCCCACCAAUUGUCGCCUGCGCAUGCACCUGGGCCUGGUCAUCCCAAAGACAGGCUGCACGAUCAGGUGCACCAACAACACCAGAGCUUGGGAGGAGGGGAAAGUGCUCAUCUUUGAUGACUCCUUUGAGCACGAGGUGUGGCAGGACGCCAACAGCUACCGGCUCAUCUUCAUCGUGGACGUGUGGCACCCCGAGCUUACCCAGUACCAACGGCAGACUCUCUCCCCCAUUUAAAGACUGUACGACAGACUGACUGUCACCUACUGGCGUCCUGGGGUUAACACUCUUAACCCAUAAGAACGGAAGGGUCCAUAGUAUCUGGUCUCUGUCUGUCCACCCAUUCCUUCACAGUCGGCCAUUUUAGGUCAAACGUGUCAAAUGUGACACUUGCCCUUGCUCAGUCAAGGGCUCCAUUUUGGAACCAUCUAGAACAUUACUGAAGGCCCUGUCAGAUUUGGAAAAGCCUUACAACGACACUUUGAACACUGACUGUUAACUGUGGUACUAGCCAAGUCGGUUUUUAGGCCUAAAUGUGGACUUACGGUAAGGUGUGGGUUGAAUAUCACAUAGGUUGUGUUGUAAAUGUAUCACAAGUGCAUUGUUGUUUUUCAUUAGUCAACCAAAGUAUGUCUGAAACAUACCUAACAUAUCAACGGUAACUGAACAAAACUUUGGUAUUGCAGCUAGCAGGUUUUCUGUUGUAUAGGUACUGAUAUCAUUUCUUAAAGGGAUUGUUUUCCUGGUUUUUAUCCCAAUCUUAAUCGUUUUCUUUCCUCAAGAAAAGUUAUUUGAUGACUUUCAUGUUCAAGUCUUCAAAAGCUUGAGGUAAAAACACUAUUAAGAUUAGAGUAACAACACGGAAAACUAUCCCUGUAAAUUGUUGCUAAGCUAGCUAAACCUCUGCUAGCUGAAAAGUGUGAAUCUGAAUCUGUUGUUUCUCUAACACUUGAUUUGUUGUUACACAGCUCUUAUUGCAUAUAAUGGUCAUACAUUACCUUCAUGUUACUUCCAUAACUGUACAGUAAUCUGCCUCUUACUGUAUUUUGGGGUUCCACUACUUAUUAAGUCAUUCCAUUUCACUCGUAUGAUUUUCGAAUGUCACUUUAGAUUAAUGGCUGGGACAUCACAAUGCCAAGAAUGUUUAUAUUGCAGAAUUAAUAUUGUGAACAAAGAAAAUGGACUGAAACAUCUUAUAUUUGUACGCUGACAAUAUAUUUUCAACUGUGCCUUGACCUGUGAGAACACACAAACCAUUAUGCUCAACAGGCUUGUCCUUGUAAUUUAAAAUCCUCCCAAAUGUGUGUAUUUACAUUCUUAAAUGUAUCAAAUAUGAACAUUUGACUGAAGGCUUAUAUUUUGUACAUGCAUAACAUUUUAAUGUUUUAUAAAAUGCUAAUUCUCCUGUGUAAAACUUUGGCAGGAGCAUGUUGAAUGUACACCAGUCUUGUCACACUGCAUUCUUACCUGGGUCAAAUACAUGUCAAAUACUUACCAAUACUUCAGCUGCGCUUAAUUUAGUUUGCCUUGUACAAUGGAACCAAUGGAAUAGUCCCUAAAAGGAGAACCCCAAGCUAAAUCAAAUGCACAUCAUAGGCUAUACUAGAGUAUUAUAAAGUAUUUCACCCAGGUCUGCUGCAUUCCAUGUAUAGCAAAGCUGACUAGAAGGAGUCUUUGCUUGACCAAUGAUGUUGAUAUUCAAAAGAAAAAAUAAGUGCCAAAGCAUAUUCUUCUAGAUUUGUUGUUAUUUAAUCACUCUCUAUGUGCGUUGGUAGUCUGCUUCAUUGCAGCAACAAAAUCAUGUCCGAAUCAGUCCGGUGCUAUUAUGCUGCGUUCAUGUGCUAUCAGAAUUAUUGGAAACUCGGGACUGAGAAAUUUCUAGCAAGCCCACGGACUCAUCAUACCUACCUGUUUCAGAUGUCAAAAACCGUUCAUAUUGAAAAAUACGAGUGGGAAACUUGGGUAACACCAUUGUACCCCAAGUUUCCUACUUUAGAGGAGCAUGUGAACACAUCAUAAUGCCAUGGAUCGGAGUCAUUCCUUAGGACCACUGGAUGUCAUCCUGUCUGCCCAAAAAAGGAUUGCCUUUCAACUUUUCACCAAGUGUGGCUAUCUGUCAUGGACAUAGGUGUCUUGGGGUAUUUGGGGUUAUCCGUUUGGGUUGUGAUGAUGACGACAUUCAAGUUAUCCUCCUUGCUUCAAAAUAGUUUCUUAGUAACAAAUCAAGAACGUUCACAAAGCCACAUACUCUGUUAUGAAUUUAUAUCACUCUUUGUAGAUUUGAAGUUAAUACUUUUGUGGUGUUGAAAUCACUGAGCUGUUCCAACUGUUGUAACUGGCCUGCAAGUACAGUAAGUAAUGCAUCUUUCAAUUA